AGAAUGUGGAGCCUGCAGCUGAAUUCUGAAAAAACCAGCCAUUUCCAGGAACUGAAACUGAAAGCAGCUCUGGCUGCAGGCGCCGCCCCUCGGGGGAGGCUGGCAGAGCUACUGCCUACAAGUGAGGGGUUGAAACAAGGUCCAGAGUGGAGCAGGGUCUGAGAGGAAACCCAGGAGCUCAGGCUGCCCUUCAGCUUCCCCUCUUCGGUGCGCUCUUCCCAGGAGGCCCUCUGGCCUCGAUCUCUUCCUCCUGACCAUCUCGGACCUGGAUUCCAGUUUUACAAGACUUCUGAGCAGGUUCUGAAGAAGAUCAUUAAGGCCCACCAACAUAGACCUUCACACUGCAUGAAGUUGAAGGGAGAAGGAAGAAGCAGAGGAGCACCAACCCAGAGAUCUGAGUUGAGACUAAGGAGCCUUCACCCAGACAGCAGAGAGCUGUGAGGAGAGCAUCCCAUGGAUUCAGUCAUGAUGUGGCCACCCAGGCUCUGGAAGGUGGGUUGCACGCUUGCCCAAUGCAUGGGUUUUCUAUCCUUCAUAUACGUGGUAAAAUCCUUCUUCAUUCCAUCGUCUAAAUCCAUCACUGCCAGUGAAUCUUUCUAUACCAAUCAAAUCCUUUACUCUCAAGAAGUCAAUGAGAGAAUUGCUCAGGCAGUGAAAGAGGGGAACCUGUGGAAUGUGAUCUCUAUGGUCAGAAAUAUAAUAAUGCAGCGUAAGUCUAGCAACCCAGUAAAAAUUGUUGUGACUGGAGACUCCGGCAACGGCAUGUCAUCCUUCAUCAAUGCCCUUAGGCUCAUUGGACAUGAGGAGGAGGAUUCAGCUCCCACUGGGGUUGUGAGGACCACCCAGAAACCAGCCCUUUACUUCUCUUCUGAGUUUCCCAAUGUGGAGUUGUGGGACCUGCCUGGCACAGGGGUCACAUCCCAGAGCAUGGAGAACUACCUGGAGGAGAUGGGGUUUGACAAAUAUGACCUUAUCAUAAUCAUUGCUUCUGAGCAGUUCAGCUCGAAUCAUGUGAACCUGGCCAAAGCCAUGCAGAGGAUGAAAAAGAGGUUCUAUGUCGUCUGGACAAAGCUGGACAGGGACCUCAGCUCAAGUCCCCUCUCAGAACCCCAGCUACUGCAGAAUAUCCAAAAGAAUAUCUUGGAGAACCUCCAGAAGGAGGAGGUGAAGGAGCCCCCCAUAUUCCUGGUAUCCAGCAUUAAGACUUUAGCACAUGACUUCCCAAAGCUUAGAGACACCCUGAAAGAAGACAUCUUCGGUAUCAGUAAUGAUGACUUCUUAGGAACCCUUUUCUCUAUUUGUGAUGAGACUAUUAAUGAGAAAGUAGAAGGCAUUAAAGGGUACAUAGAUGCAGAUACUCUAUGCAGUCGUUAUGAAAUCUUGGAUCCAGAUAAUCUGGAAGAGUGUGAGAAAGUCUUCCAAAAAAUCUUUGGUGUGGAUGACAAAUCCCUCCACCAGGUGGCUCAGACUAUGGGACAGCCAGAUGCUUUUUACAUGGAUGCCAAGCAGUCCCAGGUUAUACAGAUGUAUCCACAAGAUGGCUCGACACUGUCUUGGCUGUAUCAUUCUGGAUCCCAAUUUCUCUUUAUAAGACUUGACUCUGUCUACUGCUGUUUUAACUCUAAUUAUUAUAGACACAAGCAACAGAAAUGUGUACUUGGUAAAGUUGCUGAGGAAACCAAGAAAAUUCUGAGGAAAAUCCUGAAAGAUUCCAUUUUCCUUCCUGAGGUCCUCUCCCCAGCUCUCUACCCUACAUCUACCCCCAGUUGAGCUUACCUGCCCUAUGGGUUCCAAGUUCCGUGAGGUCAAUAGGUCUUCUUUCUUGAUGGGUGUUCCCCUCAGGAAACACCAUAAUGGAUUUUGCUUUGUACCAUUUGUUUAACUUUAUUAAUUGAACUAUCUGUGUUUCCAAUACAAGAGACAUUUCCUUUUUCUUUUCUUUUUUGAGACAGGUUUUCUCUGUAUUGUUUUUUGGAGGCUGUCCUAGAACUCACUCUGUAGAUCAGGCUGAUCUUGAACUCACAGAGAUCAGAUUGCCUCUGCCUCCUGAGUGCUGGGAUUAAAGGCUUGCACCACCAAUGCCCGGUGACAUUUCCUUUUUCUAAUUACACAGAAUUUCACGUUUGCUACAUAGUCACCUUAGCACCUAUGAUUCAUAUUGUUUCUCUUAGAGGCCUCUUGGUUUUCCCUAAUCUCUUUCCCCUCUCUUCUUCCCUUUCUUGGGAAGUGGAGCAUCCCUUCUGGAAUGAGGAAGAGCUUGUUUUGCCCAUUGUCUGGAAGCAUGGCUAGUAGAGAGGCCUGUUCUCUGACCUCUUCUCCAUGUGUAAGGAGAGGGGAAUUAGUCUCAUUGGUAAUAGGAUUCACAAAGUGCUGCAUAAAAGAAUUCCAAGUCCCUGGCACUACCCCUAAUGGUGUCAUGUCUAGUCAUGGCCCUGCACACUCUGUGCGCCCACAGUCUCCUAUUGGGUUUGAACUUCUUCAGCCACCCCUGACUCCACAGGUCAAACCCCUGUCUAGAUACACAGGCUCUUCUCCCUCCCACAGGGAGUUUUCCAUUUCGCUCAGUUUGUGUGUUUUUGUGUUUACCUAGGACAGACGCUACUCCAUGUUCUGCCACAUCCUUCUCUCAGUCCCACUCUCAACAGAUGUCAGAGUGUUGUCGGCCCAGUCUUGUAACGUCUCACCCCUGUGCCCUCCAUUCUUUCUUUUCAGAACACUAAAUACCUUCCCACCUCCAACCAUUGCCACUGCCACAUCCCAGCAUGCGCACCUUCAUGCCACUUGUUCCAGAAAGGGCUUAUUUUUGCCUCAUAGUUUGACAGUGCAACCCAUCAUAGCCGAAAGUCAUCACAAUAGGAACGCAGGGCAGCUGGUCACAUUGUGUCCACAGUCAGGAAGCAGAGAGGGAGAAAUGAAUAUCGUUCCUCCUUUUCAUUCAGCCCAAGAUCCCAGCCCAUAGAAUGACACCAUCCACAUUCAGAGUGGGCCUUCCAGCCACAAGGAACCAUGUCUAGAAUCUCCAUCAUUAAUGUGCCCAGAGGUCUGUUUCCAUUGUGAUUCUAGAUCCCGCAAAAUUGACAUUCAAUAUUAACCACACAGGUACUGUGAUAGCAGAGGGGUAUAUUUGAGUUUUAUUGACUUAUAGUGGGAAGAAGGUUGGGUGUGGCUCAGUAGUACAGUGCUUGCCUAGCACAUGGGAGGCUAUGGUUUUAAUACCCAGAAAGAAAUAAACAAAUCAGUUUAAGACGGAAA